GCGCAAGGAAGUGCUCAAUAACAGGGAAGUCGGCCGACCCCCACCGGAACUCCUUGUCGCUGUUGAACUCGACGCCUUCAUUUGUGUUCUGUAUGCUUCACCGGAAAAACAAUAUCGGCUUCAACUUUAUUGCCCGGAGCAAUGUUCCCGGAGAAAUCAAAGCUCAGAGAUUUCAAUAACCUCUCAAAUGCCAUUGCUUUAUCUAAGCUCCAGACUUCCAACAGUCUCUCCAGGAAAUCAUUCAGUGCUUUGGCUCAAGCUAUGCCAACCCCACAACAGAAUUACCCUCAUAAUUGUCUGCAAUUCUCUUUCGACUCUGUUACUUACACGAAAUUGAUUCAACACUCUGUUAAGUCUGGGUCUCUCGUUCAUGGCAAGCUGGCUCAUGCUCGCAUGAUCAAAACUGCUUUCAAGCCUUGUCUCUUUCUGGUUAACAAUCUUCUCAACAUGUACUGCAAGAGCGGUGAAAUGGGUCUUGCUCACCGAGUGUUUGAUAAAAUACCAAAACGGAAUAUCAUCUCGUAUAAUUCAUUAAUGUCCGGGUACACCCAGAUGGGUUUUUAUGAGGAGGCCAUAAAUGUGUUUGCUGAAGCGAGAAUGUCAGGUUUAAAACUGGAUAAGUUCACUUAUGCAAGUGGGCUAAGUGUGUGCUCUCAAACUGAGGAUCUUGAUUUGGGCAGGAUGGUUCAUGGGUUCGUUGUGGUAAGUGGAUUGAGAGAUAAGGUAUUAACAAGUUCGCUGAUUGAUAUGUACUGCAAGUGUGGAAGGGUUGACCAAGCAAGAUAUUUAUUAGAGACUUCUAAGGAAUUAGAUAGUGCUUCCUGGAAUUCCCUGAUUGCAGGUUAUGUUCAUAGAAAUGAAAGUGAAGAGGUGUUGAAACUCUUAAUAAAAAUGCAUCAACUUGGAAUGAGUUUGAAUCCUUAUACAAUGGGAAGCACUCUAAAGGCAUGCUGUAUGAAUUUUAAUAUUCCAGAGGCAUGUGGACAAAUGUUGCAUGGUUGCGCAAUCAAACUUGGGUGGGAUUCAGAUGUUGUUGUUGGGACUGCAUUGCUUGAUAUGUAUGCAAAGACUGGGGAACUGAAUGAUUCGAUAAAAAUUUUUGAACAAAUGCCUAGUCAUAAUGUUGUCAUGUAUAAUGCCAUGAUUUCUGGAUUUAUCCAAACAGAAAGUAUUAGGGAAGAACAGGCAAAUAAAGCCCUUAACCUUUUCUCUGUGCUGCUAGGGGAGGGACUGAAGCCCUCAAGGUUUACAUUCUCAAGCAUACUCAAAGCUUGUAGAGCCCUUGAAGCUUUUGAGUAUGGAAAGCAAAUCCAUGCUCAAAUCUGCAAGAACAACCUUCAGUCUGAUGAGUUCAUUGCAAAUGCACUGAUUGAGCUGUAUUUGUUGCUGGGAUCUACUGAGGAUAGUUUGAAAUGUUUUAGAUUAACCCCCAAGCUAGACAUUGUCUCAUGGACAUCCAUGAUUGCUGGUUAUUUUCGAAAUGGGCAAUAUGAGAGUGCAUUGACACUGUUUCAUGAGCUGCUGUCAUCUGGACAAAGACCAGACGAGUUCAUAAUAUCUAACAUGUUAAGUUCAUGCGUGGAUCUAGCAGCUGUAAGAUUAGGUGCACAGGUCCAUGGAUAUAGUAUUAAAAGUGGCAUUGGAAGCUUCAGAAUAGUUCAAAAUGCACAGAUUUGCAUGUAUGCAAAGUCUGGAGACUUAGAUUCUGCUAAUAUAACAUUUCAAGAGACAGAGAAUCCAGAUGUUGUAUCUUGGUCUGUUAUGAUCUAUAGCAGUGCACAACAUGGAUGUGCCAAGUAUGCAUUGAGGCUCUUUGAGUUGAUGAAGGAUUAUGGGAUUGCACCUAACCAGAUUACUUUCAUGGGAGUUUUGUCUGCUUGCAGUCAUGGAGGGCUGGUUGAAGAAGGAUUACGAUGCUUUGAAAUGAUGAAGGAUCACAGUAUGGAAAUGAAUGUUAAGCAUUUUUGCUGCAUUGUUGACCUCCUUGGUCGUGCUGGAAGGCUAGCAGAUGCUAAAAACUUUAUUCUGAAAUCUGGCUUCGAGGACAACCCAGUAAUGUGGCGAUCAUUGUUGAGUGCUUGCAGGGUCCACAAGGACAUGGUCACUGGGAAACAAGUCGCAGAGAGAGUAAUUGCGCUAGAACCUCAGGCUUCUGCAUCCUAUGUGCUUCUUUACAACAUAUAUAGUGAAGCUGGACUAGAAGCCUUAGCUGCAAGAGUUAGAGAACAAAUGAUAGAUCGAGGGGUUAAGAAGGAGCCGGGCCUAAGUUGGAUUGAGGUCGGAAAUAAAUUUCAUUAUUUUAUGGUGGGUGAUAGAUUUCAUCCCAUGAGCGAAAUGAUUUAUGCAAAGUUGGAAGAAUUAUUAGAGAAGAUAAAGAAAAUAGGUUAUGUCAAUGAAAGGCUUGUUAGUGGUGAAACAGGACUUGGAGGCAACUCAGUGAUAAACUACCACAGUGAAAAGUUAGCUGUGAGUUUUGGACUUAUUAGCUUACCAACAUUAGCUCCAGUUAGGGUAAUGAAGAACUUGAGAGUCUGCCAUGACUGUCACACAGCAAUGAAGCUUUUAUCCAAGGUGGAAGGGAGGGAAAUAAUCCUUAGGGAUCCAAUUCGUUUUCAUCGGUUCAGGGAAGGCAUUUGUUCUUGUAGUGAUUACUGGUAGAAGUGGUUGCUGUGAGGUUAGAUUUUAUAUGGUUGCUUCCUGCAACCUGAAAUUGCUUUUCCACUGCUACAAGCCCAAAAGAGAAUGAAAAUUGACUUCAGUUGCACUGAUUUGGGGAACAAGGGAUGAAGUAUUAAAGAGAAAAGCAACCAUUUGAAAUAUGAUAACUUCUAUGAAGAAGCAGUUUCAACACCAAAGAAUGUGUCACUAUAAGCCAAAUGACUUGAAAGUGAUGUUUGUAUCAUGACCUCCAUUAUUUAGCUAUCUUCACUGGAAAUUUAUAUUUCAUUCGAAAUCAAGUGUGCAGGCAUAAGAGCUUAUAGAGCCCACUUGAUGUUGACAAUGCAAAAGUAGUGCCCCAGUGAUGAGGAGAACAACAAUUUUCCUAUUAGAAGUGGUGGUUUAGUUGUUGAGAAAUCUGGGAAGAAUAUAGUAUCAGGACCAGCUGUUCAUUCUAUGGCAUUGGGUAUGUCAGAAAAAAGAUGAGAGAUUACAGUACUUAUAUGCUAGUUAUUUGUUAUGGUGAUGGGAUAGGACAUUUUGGAGUAACAACCACUGCUGAUGAUAGGAUGAUCAACAUACUGAAGAAUAAAGGUGGUUAUCAGUGUUUACAGUUAGCCCUUAUGGUCAAGCUGUAUCUGUCAAUUAGGUGACAGUAAUCAUUAACAAAUCACUAGUGACAAUUUCUAGUAAUUGAUGAUGGGCAUUUUCGAUCUUCUAUCUCUAUCUCUAUCAGGUUUGACAGCAGUCCUUUUAUAUGGAGCAAUCAGUAAACAGUGAUUAGAAAG